AUGAUAUCCUGGAGACUCAACCAUAUCCUUACCAUGCCAUCUGAUCCCAACAUUCCAAGCCCGCAGAAGUUUGAGGAAAUAAAGCAAUACAUGCUCCCUGCCGGCUUCCCCUUCUACGUCCUGGAGGUCAGAGGGCUGAGCAGGAAGUCUAAAAGGAUGCUCACCCCCAACAAAAGAUAUGACAGCAAUCACAAGACAUGGCAAUUUCAAGGACAAGUUGUCAAAGACGCCAAAUUGAUCGCCCCGGCUGUGGCAUCAUCGUGGGCUCACGGCAUGAACGAAAAUAGGAGGUAUUCUGGGUCACGUUGGAGAGGAAAUGCCGUCGGUGCGCUCCAUCUUGGAUACCGAGUUUGA